CGCACAUCAACUCUCUGCGCCUGCGCUCUUCCUGUCCGUCGUUCGCCAGCAAAAGGAGGACGUAGAAAAGGGGUGGUGUCGGCGGGGACACCGGAAGCUCACUCUUCACCCGGAAGUGGUUAUUGAGGAACAUGGCGUUGCUGGUGCGAGUCCUUAGGAAUCAGACGAGCAUUUUCCAGUGGGUUCCAGUAUGCAGCCAAUUGAUACCUGUGUCUCCUACCCAAGGACAGUGGGGCAGGGCUCUGUCUGGCACUUCCCAGUGGCCUCAGAUAAGCCAGUCCCAAGCAUGUGGUGUAUCUGAACAGAUUGCUGGAAUAGACAUACAGCUGAGUAGGAAGUAUCACGACACACAUAAGCUUUCGACUACCAAAGAUUCCCCACAGCCUGUUGAGGAGAAGGUUGGUGCUCUCACAAAGAUAAUAGAAGCCAUGGGAUUCACUGGACCUUUGAAAUACAGUAAAUGGAAAGAAAAAGAGAAAAGGGGGAGAGAGAACAGAAGUCUUGCUCUAUUGCCCAGGCUGGAAUGCAAUCUACAAAAGAUUAAGAUUGCGGCGCUGCGCAUGUAUACUAGCUGUGUGGAGAAAACUGACUUCGAGGAAUUCUUUCUAAGGUGUCAGAUGCCCGAUACAUUCAAUUCAUGGUUUCUUAUAACCCUACUCCAUGUCUGGAUGUGUCUAGUCCGAAUGAAGCAGGAAGGCCGGAGUGGGAAGUACAUGUGUCGUAUCAUAGUUCAUUUUAUGUGGGAGGAUGUUCAGCAGCGUGGCAGAGUCAUGGGGGUUAAUCCCUAUAUCCUGAAGAAGAACAUGAUCCUCAUGACAGAUAAUUUCUAUGCUGCAAUCUUGGGAUAUGAUGAGGGGAUCCUUUCAGACGAUCAUGGGCUGGCCGCUGCCCUCUGGAGGACCUUCUUCAACCGGAAAUGUGAAGACCCUAGACAGCUUGAAUUGCUGGUGGAGUAUGUGAGGAAACAGAUGCAGUACCUGGACUCCAUAAACGGGGAGGAUCUGCUUCUGACAGGGGAGGUGAGCUGGCGCCCUCUAGUGGAGAAGAAUCCUCAGAGCAUCCUGAAGCUCCAUUCCCCCACUUACAACGAUGAAGGACUUUGACGGGCUGGGCCCUCCGGAUGGCUCACCAGCUGGCUUCCAGGAACUGCCAGGAGAGAAGUGCCUGUUGGUCCAGGACCCCGCAGAAAGUGGCCUGAACUGACCUCUGAACAGUAUCUGUCAAAUACCUGGCCCCAUUUGUGUUGAGUUUCCUCUUAGUGUACCCAGGAGUCUGAUCUGCUGGGCUACAGGGUCAGGAGAACCCCUAGCUCUCCUGGGGUGUCCUCUGCCUCAGGGGAAGCCCCAAGUGAGAACUCCGGAGCACACACUCCCCAACCCCCUCCAGAAACCACAAGUGACAGCUUUUCCCAAAGGCCGAGGAAGGGAUGGCAUAGGUUCAAAAGGGAAACCCCCCAGGGCCUGCUGUGGCUUUGGAGCAGAUUGUCACGCCGUGGAGUCCGGAGGGCAACCUUGUGCUGUCCCUCAGCUUUCAGACAUGGGGUUGAGUUGGCCAUUGAAAGAAACAGAGACUUCUCUGCUAUGGCCCUUCUUUAUUCCAGGGUCUUAGAAACUUACCUGAGAUGGUGGAUGCUGGAAAUGAGGGUGCCGCCCAGCUCAGUUAGAGAUGGAGAAAGGGAAGGGGCUGGGGUGGGGGGCCUCUGCUGCUGCCUUUGCCUCUAGUUCAUAGAGAUGUGUCUCUGUUCAGGCCAAGGCACGUUUUCAUGGAGAUGUGUCUUUGUUCAGCCAGGCCCCUCGUCUGGGACCCAGGAGGCCUCUGAUGGCAAAGGGAUUGUCACAUCCUAAGUCAUUUGGAAGGAGGCCUUGAAAACAAAGUCACCAUUGUCACUCCAGUGAACUGAAUGAGCAACAUGCUGUCUCCUCUCGGCCUCCCCUUUCAUGAGAUACUGGGGAGAAGAGACCAUUCCUCCUGGCUUAGUUGUACCAGACCCAGACCUGUGCCUAGCUUCGGGCCCCUCCCAGCUUCUGAAGCACGUGCUGUGGAGCCACCUUGGUCUGAGCACCUGAGGACCAGCCCCUCCUCCCUCAGUGCCAGUCAUCUCUUGGGGGAUUUUCUUAAAGUGAAGAAAGGGGUGGGGAACCAUAUUGCCCCUCCCUCCCCCAUCAAACUUCCUUCAUUUAACUUGCUAUAAAAUGAGUCAUAUAAAGAAACUCUAUAUGGGUGAGGUAUAUCCCACUUCUGUGAAAACAUUACAAAUCAAACCGCCUUCUCUCAGUUUAUUUAAGAUGCUUUUGUUUCGAGCGGAGCUCUAGAGUGAAGCCUCCUGUGUGUGUGAGAUAAUAACACCUUGUAACUCAUUACAGCUGGGCACUAUUUACAUAAACCAGAGCUGAGCCAGGCAGGAAUUUGCUGAUUAAUUUAUUUUUAAUGGAGUGAAGUAUACCAUGCACCAAAAUAAACUUUACUGUGUGUACCUAA